CCUUUCUUGCGUUGUUUUGGUGAGUUUAGCCUCUAAUUUCUUUGGUUAGUUCUGUUGUAAUUAUGACUGUUUUAAAGUCAGAAUGCAAGAAUAUAUCAAGAGUUGUUCACUGAUUUCUACAUUCAAGAAAAUGUGAGAGAAUUACGUUUUUGUAGAAAUUUAAACCACUUGAACAUAGUUUUAAGAGAAAGAGAAGAAAUGUUCUCACGUGGCUGUUGUUCCAACUACUGCGGUAACUUUCAUGAAUUUUAAAAAGAUGUUUUUGUGUGUUUUGUCUUGAAUUACCAUAAUCAUGAACAGGAGAUUUCGAGUUGCUCCCUUUACAUUUUCCUCUGCUGAUUUUUCAUGUUUGUGUUCUAGUCAUUGCUUUUAAGGAAUGAAUUAAUUCAGCUUUCUUCUUUGGAGCUGGGGUCAAGUAUUUGAACAUAAGAUAAAUGUUCAAAUGAAAGUUUGUGAUUCUAGUUUGCGAAACUGAAGGUUGGAUGGACAAAUUUCACUGCUGAGUUCAUGUUUUAGUUGAAUUUAUUUGUGAAAAACUGUUAUGAAAUGUUCUUUAAUUUAGUUUUAAAUCUGAUAGGUACAUAUUUAUCUUGCAAUUUUGUAUCUAAAUGGUUGGAUUAUGUUGUUCGAGUUACUUUUUGGACUCUAAAAUUAAUGAUGUGUGCAGUAUUUUGCGCUGAAACUUGAAGUGCACAUUCUGUGGACGUGUUUGACUUUCAUUAACUUGUUUAAAUUGUCUUUGCAUGUGAAGAAAUUCAAACUUCCAGCAGCUACAUGAGCAACAAGCUGCUGAUGCUCAUGUGCUUUUACUGGAGCAGGAAUUUUAUUGAAGGUAGGAUGGACACAUUUCACUGUUGAGUUCAUGUUUAUUGGUGAAAACAUUCCAACAUUAACUGCUUUAGUUGAGUUUAAUUGUGAAAGAUGUGAUUUGAAAUGUCCUUUGUGUUAUAGUUGUUCCUUCAUUGUGAGUUCAAGGUGAAGAAAAAUUUAAUUGUCAAGCCAAUUUCAUAAAAUUAUGGCAAAUUUAAUUCGGUUUUAAAGCAGAUAGACAGACAGAUUGAUCGUUUGAUUGAUUUUUAUCUUGCAAUUAUACAUUUGGGUGGUGGGAAUAUGUUGCUUGAGUCAUUUUUUUGAUGUAUAAUUAAUGGUGUGUGCAGUAUUUUGUGCCGACACUUGAAAUAUGCAUUAUGUGGACAUGUUUGACUUUAAAAUUGUCGUUGCAUGUAAAGAAAUUCUACCUUCCAGCAGCUACAGCAGCAACAAGCUGCUGAUACUCGUGAUUUUACUUGAGCAGCAGUUUUAGUGAAGGUAGGAUGGACAAAGUUCACUGCUGAGUUUGUGUUUAUUGGUCAAAAUAUUCCAAAACUUGUAGCUUUAGUGAGUUUUUUUUUUUUUUUUUUUUUUGGAAAAACAUGAUUUGAAAUGUCCUUUGCAUUCUAUUUGUUCAGCCUGUAGGUUUUUGUGAACUUGAGGUGAAGAAAAAUGAAGUUAUCAAGCCAAUUUCAUGAAGUUACUGCAACUUUGAUUCAAUUUUAAAUCAGUUCUAUAGACAAACUGAUUGUUUGGUUGAUUUUUAUCUUUCAAUUUUGUAUCGAGUUGUUGGGAAUGUGUUGCUGGAGUUAGUUUUUUGGUGUGUAAAUAAUGAUGUGUGCAGUAUUUUGAGCUGAAAGUUGAAAUGCACAUUCUGUGGUGGUGUUUGACUUUGAUUAACUUGUUAAAAUGGUAUUUACAUGUGAAGAAAUUCAAACUUCCAGCAGCUACGACGGCAAAAAGCUGCUGAUACUCAUGGUUUUACUGGAGCGGGAGUUUUAUUGAAGCCUACAGGUUAUUGUGAAGAAAAAGGAAGUUAUCAAGCCAAUUUCAUAAAGAAAUUCAAACUUCCAGCGGCUACAACAGCAACAAGCUGCUGAUGCUCAUGUGCUUUUACUGGAGCAGGAGUUAUAUUGAAGUGUAAUCUGUUACCAGGAGCGUCCAGAUGGAGGCGGUGUGGCUCUUCCCUCAGAGCAGACAUGACUCACCACAGCUGACUCGUGCUGCAGCAUCACUUCAUUAUCUCAUUCACAAAAAAAAAAAAAAAAAUACAACCAUUAACUCCUCGGCGGGGCACUUGUGAGGAAUAUCAACUAAAUGAAAGGCUGCGAGAGCCAUAAAAGCAGCGCAAUCACAUCGAGCUACUUAAUUUGAUGGACUAUUUUAUCUGGAUACGCUGCAUUUAUUGUAUCUCCAUUAAAAGGUCAUGUUGGCUCUAAAUCAAGACGCUUAAUGGCCUGAGCAUUUGCCAACAGUAAGGGGAGAAAAAUAGCAAUUGUUAGAAGACAAACAGCCAGCACUGUUAAAAUAAUUGAAAGUAAUGAAAAGGAUUGGACGAUAGAAAACUUUAAGUCAAUAUAGUAUAUAAGCCCCAUUCAUAUGCAUUUCCAUAAUAGUAGCAGGUUUAUUUGCAUAUUUAAAAGAUAUAGAAAUGGGUGUCUUUCCAAUAUAUUCCUAAUAUUAAUAUCUGCAGAGAAAUUUAUUAGUAAAAAGUAAAAUUUCCCAGCUUUAGUGUCUAUUUUCUAAAUCAACAAAUUGAACUAAAAAGUUUCAGAAAAUAUGAAAAAAAUACAAUAAACCUCACAAUAAAUUGAUUUUUUUUCCCCAAGUUUUUGAAAUAAUCAGUUGAGCUGCAGAAAUCAUCAAAUUCAACAAUAGAUGUGAAGAAAUGACAUGAAAUCUCACAAUUUCUGGCAAUUUAUUCCAAAAAACCUCUAGGAUUUUUCAACUUAACUGUGUGUUUUCUGAAGCAAUCGAACCACUGAGCUGCAGAAAUCCUCAAACUGAACAUAAAAGUUUCAGAAAAUGUGAAAAACUAACAUUCAAUAUCUACAUUUGUUGAGAGAUUUAAUGUAAUUUCUAGCAAUUUAUCAUUAAAAAGCAGGAAUUCUUAACUUUGGUGACUGUUUUAAAUAUUAAUCAAACUUCUGAGCUGCAAAAAUCACCAAAUUGUACAAGAAAGUUUCAGUUAAUAUGAAGAAAUUACAUUAAAUAUCACUGUUUCUUUUGAAAUUUAAUGACAUUUCUAGCAAUUUAUUUUAAAAGGCUAUAUUUUUUCAAGUUUAGUGUCUGUUUAAGGAAUCAAUCAAACUUCUGAGCUGCAAAAAUCACCAACUUGUGGAAGAAAAUUUCAGCAAUAUAGAAACAUGACAUUAAAACUUACAAUUUAUCGCGCGAUUUAAUGUAAUAUCUGGUAAUUAAUUGCUAAAAAGUAGAGUUUCUCAAUUUUAAUGUCCAUUUUCUGAAUCUGAGCUGCUCAAAUCACUGAUUUAAACAAGAAAGUUUAAGUAAGUCUGAAGAAAUUACAUUAAAAUUCACAAUUCAUUGUGAAAUGAAAUGUAAUUUUUAGCCUUUUAUUUCUAAAAUGUGAGAUUUUUCAACUCUAAUGUCUAUUUUCUGAAUCAAUCCAACUUUUGAGCUGCAAAAAUCACCAAAUGAUACAAAAAAGAGUCGGUAAAUAUGAAGAAAUUACAUAAAAUUUCGCAAUUUAUUGUUAGAUUUAAUGUAAUCUCUACCAAUCAAUCAAACUUUUAAGCUACAAAAUAUAUAAGAAAGCUUAACGAAAUAUGAAACAAAAUGACAUUAAAUCUCUAAAGAAAACUACAAACUGGACUAAUCUGUGUUUGCAAAUGCACCCAGUUGCUGCCUAAAUAGUGUAAAACUUGGAUGACGACAUAUCAGUUAUUAAAACGAUAAUGAAGCAGCUCUCUGGAGGAAACGUAUCAGAUUAAUGGGUGCUUCUGGGGUCCAAUGAUCCUUUUUAUUGGGAAAUUGCAGACAUAAUUAGAACGCAGGAGGUUAGAAAUAGAAAACGUGACCAUACAUCUUUAUCAUGUCACGUUCUUAUAAUGUGAAGCUGCAGAAGCCUGGUAGUUUUAUUUAUAGGGGCAGAAUAUUAUUAAUUCUGUAGGUCACAGCUGAUUUGUUUUCCAUGAACUCAAACAAAGAGUCCCACGGACGCGUUAUUUCGCCCCAGUGUUGUGCGUGGAUACGAGGAAGGCGUGGCCACUAAUCAAAGUGAGAGUUUCCUGGGAGCCGGUGUGCGUCCUGCUUCAGUUUCUGGUCGCAGAACAGUUGAGUCGGUCAGCGGGACCGGAGCUGCUGCCGCCGCUGCUGCGCGUUGGACACGUUUGGAUAAAAAGGCGCACCGCUGUGGCGCAUGUUUCUGCCCGUUUCUCCUCGUCGCGUCUCUACUCGGAUGCUGGAUGCAACGAUCCUCCAUCUCCUCCUCCUCCGCCGCCGUGGUGACACAAACGCACGUCUGACGGACCAGCCAUGGACAGUCUAGGCAGCCGCUGUAAGAUCGUGGUGGUCGGAGACGCGCAGUGUGGCAAGACGGCGCUGCUGCACGUUUUCGCCAAGGACUGCUACCCAGAGAACUAUGUGCCGACAGUGUUUGAGAACUACACAGCCAGCUUUGAGAUCGAGAAGCACCGGAUCGAGCUGAAUAUGUGGGACACGUCAGGUUCCUCUUAUUACGACAACGUGAGGCCGCUGGCGUAUCCGGAUUCAGAUGCGGUUCUCAUCUGUUUCGACAUCAGCCGCCCAGAGACUCUGGACAGUGUCAUAAAGAAGUGGCAGGGAGAGACGCAAGAGUUCUGCCCCAACGCCAAGGUGGUUCUGGUGGGCUGCAAGCUGGACAUGAGGACGGACGUCAACACGCUGAGAGAGCUGUCCAAGCAGCGGCUCAUCCCCGUCACCCACGAACAGGGCAGCACCAUAGCCCGGCAGAUGGGGGCGGUGGCCUACGUCGAGUGCACCUCCAAGGUUUCCGAGAACAGCGUCCGGGAUGUGUUCCACAUCACCACCCUGGCGUCGGUGCGGCGGCCGCACCCGCAGCUGAAGCGCAGCAGCAGCCGCAGAGGCCUGAAGCGAGUGUCGCAGCUCCCACUGCCGCCUCUGCCGGGUCGGACUGAGCAAAUGGACCAGGCUCCGGCCAUGAGGAAGGACCGAGCCAAGAGCUGCGUGCUCAUGUAGAGACCCACCUCAUCAGUAUAAAUAUAUAUAUGUAUAUACAUAAACACAGAAAUAUAUAAAAGAGGAAGUCUAUUUAUUAUUUGAUGUUUUUUUUUCCUCGUAUUUUCAUUUUUUGCACUGCAGAGGAGAUGGAGAAGAGAAACACUGCACUGUGGAAACAAAUGCUUUGGAUUUUUUCUUUCUUUUUUUUUGUUGUUGCGUGUGUGCAUAUUUUACAAGCUGUUUACAUAUUUGUGUUGCUUUGAAAUGAUGGCAAACUGGACUAACGCUCUGGACAUGAGGAGGCUGUGAUAGCGGAAGUGCCAUCUAGUCCGCGGGAAAUAAAGUGGAAUUAAUUUCCUGAAACCGCUCUAAUAAGAAGACGGAAUGACGAUGGAGAAGCUCGUUUUCAAAGACUGUGUUGUUCAGCAGACAUCGCAAAUAAUUGUCUGACUGCGCCAUCUGAAGCUGCCAUAUUUGAGAGGAAAACCAGCACGUACAGUGAUGCUGAAAAGGGAUUCUAGUGAUCAGGUGAAUGACGGCUCAUCGAGAAGCUGGAAAUGAGAUUCUGUGAAACGUGGUGGAGGUGUGAGUGUGAGUGUUACUACCACAAGUGCAUUUUAGAAAAAGAAGACGGACAACAGAUUUUAUUUUUGCCCAUUAACACUAUUUUCCUCAUCAACUCCAGUCGUGUCAGUUGGAUUCACUGAAAUUAAUGCUGUUGUUUUUGUGACAAAUAUAGUGGUAAAAUGUUAGGGCUAUUUUGUUGUACUUUCACUUAAGUCUAAAAUAAAGCAACAGCUUGACUGUA